AUGUCGGUCAAGCUUGAGAGCUCUGAUGAACAGGUGUUCGAGGUCCCCAGGGAGAUCGCCGAGAUGAGCGUCACCGUCAAGCACAUGCUUGAUGACGUUGAUGCUGACAGCGACGCCCCCAUUCCCCUCCCCAACGUCACUGGCAAGAUCCUCGCCAAGGUUAUCGAGUGGGCCAAGUACCACCACGCCAACCCUGACGCGCCUUCGGAUGAGAAGAAGGACGAGAAGAGGACCGACGACAUCAUCCCGUGGGACAAGGAGUUCUGCGAGGUCGACCAGCCCACCCUCUUCGAGCUCAUCCUCGCCGCUAACUACCUCGACAUCAAGCCCCUCCUCGAUCUUACCUGCAAGACCGUGGCCAACAUGAUCAAGGGCAAGUCGCCCGAGGACAUCAGGAAGACCUUCAACAUCAAGAACGACUUCACCCCCGAGGAGGAGGAGCAGAUCCGCAAGGAGAACGAGUGGUGCAUGGACUUGUAA